AUGCAGUGGAGUCUUGACCUCAUGCGACCCUCGACCAUUCAUUCCCUGGUAAUGUCUCAACUCGCAGACGGUAUUGACUCAAAGCCAAGUCUCUGUGACGAAAGACACCACCAUCAGGAAAAUGACGAAAAUGAUGAAGGGAUUGAGUGGGAUUCGGGUUAUAUCGAAUACGAAGAAGCCAACCACUCUUCAUCUCUGGCCAUAGUAAUACAGGACUGUACUGUACACCUCGGAUGCGGUGGUGCUCAAGAAGCGGACUCCCAUUACAAAGCUGUCUGCAGGGCCCUAGUCGCCGAAGCCCUGGAACUUUCCACCUUCUUGGAGAACGUCGGCACCGGACAGCUGAGGCAGAAGACGACCGAACACCUAGAUAAUCUCAACUUCACAGAUUGGGCGAGACUCUGGGUGCAAGUUGUCCGAGAGUUGAGGCGAGGGGUGCAGCUGAAGAAGGUGUGCUACAGCCGCAAGCCGAUCGAGUUCGAGCUGACACCGUACGAGAUCCUGAUGGAUGACAUCCGAUCCAGGAGGUACAAGCUGAACAAGGUGAUGGUCGAUGGCAACAUACCGCACAAGGUCAAGAAGGACGCCCACGCAGUCAUCCUCGAGUUCAUCAGGUCUCGCCCGCCACUGCGAAAGGUAAGUGCUAGUAAUAGGGCAGUUACUAGCGUACAAGCUGACUGGAGAGGUUUGAGUUGCUCCAAACGUAGGUGA